CGAUCAGUGCAGUUGAUAAAUGGAGGAUUUGUGUUUGUCAAGGUAGUUUUGUUUACGCGUAAAUUUUCAUUCGGUAUCAACACAUCGUGCGUUUUGUGUGUGCUAAGAGGUAGAUGAAGGUGCGUAACAGUUUCCUUCGGGUUUCGUAUUAAAUUUCAAAGGAUUUAACAUGUCUCGCAAUCAUAAAGACAAGUAUGAAAACUCCGCCCAACGUCGUACACAUACUCUUAUGUCUACGGAGGAUGCAAACUCUGGAAAGAAAUCGUAUUGGCCAGAAUUGGAGAUAACAGGCAGUAUAAGAAAUUUAAGCCCAAAUUUAUGGCAAAUGACUCAUCUAACAGCUUUGUAUCUCAAUGAUAAUAGUUUACAUAGGAUACCAUCUGAGAUCGGACGUUUAGUCAACUUACGUACUUUAGAUCUCAGUAGCAAUAAAUUACGGAGUUUGCCAGCUGAACUGGGGGACCUCAUCUACCUCAGAGAAUUGUUGUUAAACCAAAAUUACCUCCGAGUGUUACCAUAUGAACUAGGAAAAUUGUUCCAAUUACAAGUGCUAGGACUUCAGGGAAAUCCACUUAGCAAGGAAAUAAUGGCGUUAUAUGGAGAACCAUCUGGGACUCACAAGCUGCUGUCAUAUAUGCUGGACAAUUUACAAGGUUGUCGGUGGACGGAUCAAGGGAUACAAAGCGACGCAGAAGGAAACGAUGGAGGAGCCAGUCGACGUGUCUAAAGGCGCUCUCUCACGUAUUCUGGCCGAGCUUUCGUAAGCUGGAACUCCACUCACAGGUUAUAAAUAGGAAAUAGGUGUUCAUGGUGGGAUCUCCCCUUCACUUGCAGUUUUCUCACCGUUUGUUAAGCGGCCACGGAGCGAGAGGAGCGAACGAACCAACGAACGAACGCUCGCCCGUGUUAGCUGCAUUCUACCUAAUCCAUUUUUCGCGACCUCCUUCGUGGCUAACGAGAGAGCAUCUGUGAAACGAGGCUAACCGUGCAACAGGAAACCGCAUUUUGACGUAACGUAGAAUGCGUUUUGCCACGAAACGGACGUUAGGUUUAAGCUGGGUUUACAUUAAUCCAGUCGCGCUCGAUCAAGCGCUGACAUUCCAGUAUUUUCACUGGAGAUCUAUCGAUGUUAUACGUUGCUUCGGUCUUUUUUCAAGCGUCGAAAGCGUCGGAUUGUAGCGGCGAAGGAUUAAGGUGGAUUCACAUUAGUUCGAUCGGUGGGUCAAGCGAUUACAUUCAAAAAUUCACCUGAAACUCACCGAUGUGCGCAAUAUUCCAGUCCUUCUGGAACUGCCGAAAGCGAUGGACCGUAGUGGCAAAGGAUUAAAGCUGGGUUUACAUUAGUCCAGUCGGUGAAUCAGGCGACCGCGUUCCAGUGGUUUGACUUGAAAUCGCUCGAUGUCUGCAUUAUUCCAAUCUUUUUCGAACUGCCGAAAGCGAUGGACCGUAGUGGCAACGUAUUCGCGCAAAAAAAUGGAUAAAACAAGUAGACGAUUGCACUUCUAACGUUGGAAAGUCGUGUUCUCGAUAGUGGUGGUAAACAUUGAAUCUAAAAAUAGUCUUUCGAUCUAGUCGUUGGACUAGAUUAUCUGCUGGAAUGACAGCGCUGUGUUGCAAUGAAAACACUGUUCACAUCAUUCCAUUUACGAUCCCCUGCCUGAUCCGAUCGUUGCACAGCAAUGCUACUGGACCAAUGUAAACGCAGCUUAAGGUUUACGAGCAGCGUCAUAAUGCGUGCUCCUAUCUACCGUUAUUCGAAAACGCACGUGUUUUCCUUUGGGACGUUUGCAGCUGUUUAGAUCGGUAAACGGACCCUCGAACUAAAGCUUAUUACUUUGAAACGCCGACUAUAUCAUUCUGCGUGACUGACCAUCGCAUCCCUCGGAUUCUAACAGACCACCGGGGAAACAUUAUUAUACUUGGGGCACCGUGCACACCAACCGAAUCGGUGCCACUCGCCCAAAGAAUCGAAAGCCCGGUAGUUUCUGAUUUGCGAGCAUCAUUUUCCACGGUCCAAGCAUAAAUCGUUAAAAGUAUAAAUAAGCGGUGUACUGUGAUACUGUCACGCUAACACGCGAUAUUUGAUAAGCGGCUGUUAUCCGGUGUAGACGUUCCAACUUUCCAACUGUACAUUUCCUCUGCGUUGCUUUUUUCCUUCGCUUUAUAGCCAUGUACCCAUUUCUUUAUUUAAAACGUUGCUAAAACAGUCUGAAAGUUAUUCAAAACGGCGUUACGAGAUGAUUUAUCACGCGCGACACGCGUGUACUUUGUUGAAAAUACAUUUCGCUGUAUGGGAAUCGUACGCCUAUAACGUGUUUAAAGUAAUUGUGUCUGGUUGGAGUAUUCGUGAUUCGAGUGUGCGAUUGCUAAAUUUAGAUAUCAAAUGUAGGACUCGUUAAGACAGAAAUAUACGGACUGUAAUAUUAAUCAGAAGUAUCUAAGUACAUACGUACGUACGUGUAUAUCGAUUGGUAAAGCAAGGUAGGUGUGCAUAAUUCCGCCAAUGUUCUCGAAUUCGCCACUGCAAAAAGUAUGAGUAUGCCAAGAAUCAGCAGCGUUUCAACUAAAUAUUGCGAUCGUUCUUAUUUCUCACUGGGCGAAUACGUUUUAUAAUUUAAUUUUUAUAUUCCAAUCUAUAAUGUUCUUUUGUUAAUUUUAUUCUAUAGAUGACUGUUUCACUGGCCUAAACGAGCACUAGUGCGUUGUUCGCAAUUUUUCGUAGUAAUUACCAAAGUUUCUUUUUUCCAUAUCAUCUGCUUCAAUAAUUAAUUUCCAAAUUUUUGUCGAUAUUCCAUUUAUUUCCAGUUAUCCAUCAAUCGAUUCAUUUCAGCGAUCAAGGACGAAUUUCAUUAUGCCUCUCAUAAAAUAUAGAUGUAAACAUAAAUUAUUCGUAUUUUAUCAUACGUAUGUUAACUAUUUCGUGGAAUACCUCGGUUACAUCCUUGCGAUUUUGUAAUGAAUUUUGUAAUCAUGGUGAAAUAUUGAUGAUGUAUGGUGAUUUCGCCAGUUGCAAUUUUUCUCUUGUUAUUUCUGUUUCAGACUAAUUAUAAGUCGCUUUUGUAGGUACGUAUUAACUUGAUGUAGAUAAGAUCGAGUAAGAAUAUAAAACGCACAAAGCAUUUGAAAACAGUAUAGGAAUAUUUAGAAAAAUUACACCACGCUAUAAAUAUUAGUAUGGCGAAAUUCUGCACAUCUAUUCCGCCCAUCGUUCUCAGUCUAACAAAACAGUACAUCCGGAUAUACCGAGUGUAAAUCUUGGUUCGUUAAUGCUUUGCCACUGUCAGUCGCAUUUAUACAUAUAAAUUUCUAUAGUUAGAAUAUUUGCAACUUUAUGAUUUACGAAUAUACAUACAGUAACUCGCAGACUAUUUCAUAUAGAUCUAUUUUAUGUGGAAAAUAUGAACACACGUCUCCUGUUAUAAUCUUACAGAAAGAUAUUUCGUACGCAUUAGAUUUAUAAAUGAAGAAAUGAUUAAUAAUCUGGAAAACAGAUGACUUACACGAUACAAAAACUUGAAAUUUUCUGAAUAAUUAGAUUGCUUUUCAUAUUUUAUGUAUAACCACCGUUUGUUUGUUAGAACAAUACUUAUGAUUUUUCCAUGUGUUUAGUUUGCUUGUAGCGGUUCUCACGAUCCAACCGAAUUUGAAACAUAAUUAUUAAAAUCAAUCAUUGUUGACAGCUACAAAUAUUAACAGUUGAGAUUCAAUUAAUUUAAGAGCAAAUAAUAGUCUUUUUCUAACUUACGAGCGCACCUACGCGAGGCAUUAAAAAUUGGGAAAUUAUUUUAUUUUCAAUUUGAGGAAUUCAAUCUAUUUAAAUUGCCACGUUUACGACUACACACUACGAAUAUCGUAAAGAAGUUUCGUAAUAUUCUUUCUGGAAAAUUUUUUGUAUUCUACGGCAAAUGACCGUAUAGUCAUGCGACUUUUUACAAGUAGUGUUUUUUGGGCAUUUAUGCACUCGUUCUUUGAAACUGAUAUUCCUCAAUACGCAUUGAACCUUCACAGCACUCGCGUUAACUUUGUCAAAUUGUUUCAAACUUUCUCGAAUUCGCAUAGCACUGUUAGCUUCUCUGCAGAUUGAAUAGUUUUGGAAAAAUUUGAUAGCUUUCCUGUGUAGUAAUUUCUCUUUCGGUUUAGAUCGACGUGAGACGUCAUUAUCGAAAACGACGUUCUUCUUUUCAACAUUUGGAGAAUUAUACUCGUUCUAUAAUAUGUUUAUGGAGUAAAAUUGCACCGAUUUUAAACACCAGGUAUAGAUAGUAAUCGUUAGAAACGUAAUUCAUCUUCUCAGAAGAAUAUCGAUUAAUUUGAGAAAUUGAGAAAUAAAGAAAAGUGUGUC